AUGGCCUCGAAAGCUCCCACGGGGAGCGUGGGCACUGGCCUCAAAAGUCCCUUGACGGCCUCCGCCAAAGAGAAGGAAACUGCUUUGCAGGAAGCAAAGUCCCGGCAGCUCGAGCAGGAGUUCAAAACCAAGCACCUCGGUAUACUGGGGGUGCUACUAUGGGUAUUGCUCCUCCACGUUGCCGGUAUCUACUUCUUCACCAAGGGUUUCCUCCUCACGCGCAUGGUUCUCGAGAACAAAUCUUCCUGCGAUAUUCUUCCUUUCGACGACGUCUCGGGCAACGCGAUCGCAUCUUCGGGAAGCAAGAAAGGUUGCUGGCAUGACAAGACUUUUGACAAGGCUGUGGUGAUUAUUAUUGACGCCCUCCGCUAUGACUUCACUGUGCCCUUCGCUACGAUGGACCAGGACAAAGCUGCCCACCUGUUCCAUGAUAACAUCCCGGUCCUCUACGAGACGGCGGUCAACAACCCCAGUAACGCUUUCUUGCUUCCCUUCAUUGCCGACCCGCCUACCACCACUCUGCAGCGUCUGAAGGGCCUGACUACUGGAACCCUGCCCACCUUCGUCGACGCGGGCUCCAACUUUGCCGGCACUGCCAUCGACGAGGACAAUUUGGUUGCCCAGUUGCACAGUGCCGGGAAGACGUUGGUCCAGCUCGGCGAUGAUACUUGGCAGUCACUGUUCCCGGGCUACUUCGAUGCCAACCUCACGCACCCUUACGACUCGUUCAAUGUGUGGGAUUUGCACACCGUUGACAACGGUGUCAACGAGCAUCUGUUCCCGCUCCUCCAACCCGAGAACAAGUCCAAGUGGGACGUGAUAUUUGGUCACUACUUGGGUGUUGACCACGCAGGACAUCGCUAUGGACCCAACCACGCCGCCAUGGCUGCUAAGCUGCAAGAGAUGGACCUCGUCAUCCGUAAGAUCAUCGCUUCCCUGGAUGACGAUACACUUCUGGUUGUCAUGGGUGACCACGGCAUGGAUACUAAGGGCGAUCACGGCGGCGAGUCGGAUGACGAGGUCGAAGCUGCGUUGUGGAUGUAUUCCAAGCGUGGUGUGUUCGGUCGGACUAGCAAGGAAACUCUUCUGCCGCCGAAGCACGCCCGCGAACGCUUCGUCCCGCAGAUCGAUCUCGUCCCGACAUUGUCCCUGCUCCUUGGUAUGCCUAUCCCCUUCAACAACCUGGGUGCGCCCAUCGAAGAGGCUUUUGCCGGUUCGAGUGGUAAUGACUGGUCCAACCUGUUGGCUGUCAAUCGUCUUUCGGCGGCCCAGAUCAAGAGAUAUCAGCAUGCGUAUGCGAUGGCCCGAGGCGCAGGUGAUGACGAGGAGUCAUUCGCACUGUGGACAGCUGCCGAGGAGGAAUGGAAGUCCGCCUCCAAGGGUUUCACUUCCAAGUCCACCGCUGUCCGUUCCAGUUACGAUCUCUACCGCAAGUACCAGCGACACACUCUGGAGAUCUGCCGUGGGCUCUGGGCGCGCUUCGAUGUGCCCAGCAUGCUCGCAGGAGUUGGACUCUUGUUCUUCGGCAUUUCUCUGCUGGUGGUGUACGCCCGUGGAAUGAAGAUUGAUCGUACGGAACUGACAUCCUCGCUCCUCUCGUUUGUUGGCGCUGGAACCGGACUUGGAGCUGUCACUGGCACUGCAUUGGUUCUUUUUGGAUUUACUGAGAUUACUACCAUUGACUCGUCCGCUCUCUUGGCCGCUUUUGGAAGUAUGGUUGGAGGACUGUUUGCACUGGUCAAGAAGCCCGCAAACUUGACGCUGCCUUUGCCCAAUGGCAUGUGGGGGUGGCUCGCCGUCUUCUUCACUGUUUCCCAGUCCCUUGGUUAUGCGUCAAACUCGUAUACCAUCUGGGAAGACGAGAUCUUGCUCUUCUUCCUGACGACCUUCGGUGUGUGCGCUGGCAUCUCGUCCAUGCGUCAGAAGUCGACCACAGACCGUGUCCUCGGCGUAUACCACUCCAUUCUUUUCGUGAUUCUGGGUCGUGUUGCCUCGUUUUCUCGUCUCUGUCGUGAAGAGCAAAUGCCCUUCUGCCGCUCCACUUACUACGCUUCGUCUACCUCGUCCAUCUCCGCCCCCUGGCAGCUGGCUAUUCCCUUCCUGGUUGCCCUCAUCCUCCCUGGUGUCGUGCGCGCCUUUUACGCCGGAUCCAAGUCGUACGAGGGUGCUGCUACUCUAUGGAUUGGCUUUGCCUUCCGUCUGGGUCUUCUGAUCACUGCACUGUUCUGGGUGCUCGAAGGUGCCGAUGAUGGCGAGUGGUUGCCGCUCCGCAAGGAAACCCUCAAGUCUAUCCGCGUCUUCCUCGCCCAGCUGGUUCUUGCUCUCGCACUCGGUGCCGGUACAGGCGCAUUUCUUUACUCCAAGCCCUGUAUCACCAUCAGCGUGAACAAACCAACCGAGGACCCUAACGCCCCUCCCGCUCCCAUUAUCGCCGGCCAGCAACAGCAGCCCCGAACAACCGUGACAAUCCUAGGCUUCGGUAAUGUAUACGGCACACGCUUCUUUUUCCUCGUGGUCAACUUUGCGCUCGCAGUCAUCCUCAUGCAAAAGCCCAUGGGACAAGGCGCAAUUGCCCUCCUAAUUUGCCAAAUUCUCUCGCUCCUUGAAAUCCUCGACACAAACGCUCUCACUCUCACAAACUCGCCCAUCGGCCCCAUCGUCCUCGGCCUCCUUGGCUCCUUCUAUUUCUUCAAAACCGGCCACCAAGCCGUCCUCAGCUCUAUCCAGUGGGAAACCGCCUUCAUUCCCAUGUCCACCAUCAAAUACCCCUGGUCCCCUCUCCUUGUUAUCCUCAACACCUUCGGCGCACAGAUCCUCGCCGCGAUCGCCGUCCCCCUGACCGUUCUUUGGAAACGACCUCUACAGACUCAGGAUCGCGUGUCACAACAGUCGAGUGCAAAGGUGGCCAACCCCGCUACCAAGCUACUCUCGGACGUUGUCCAGGCUGCGUCCACGCACAUGUUAUACCUUGCGACUAUCAAUCUUGCAACGACCAUGUGGGCAGGCCACCUGCGUCGCCACCUCAUGCUGUACCGCAUUUUCAGCCCACGCUUCAUGAUGGGCGCUGUCGUGCUGGGCGUCGUUGACGUCGUCCUCAUGGUCUUUGCCGUAGCAGGCGUGCGCUGGAGCACGCUCAGCGUUGGCGAGAUCUUUGGUUGGUGA